UACAGCCUACGUGCGGGCAGACAUGAGCAAACCCUGUUAAAGAAAGAAGAAGAAAAAAAAGAAAGAAGAGGAAAUCUCCUGGAUCCAUUCAAAGCCAGCGAGGUCUCCAGCCGGAGCCGGGGAGUGCAUGGGGAUGCUGCUGCUGAGAGAGUUGUGCCUGGCCCUUCUCAUGCCCUUCCUGGUGGAGGCUCAGUAUGAGAAGUACAGCUUCAAAAGUUUCCCCCAGAAGGACAUCAUGCCGCUGGAGUCCGCGUACAACUAUGCGCUGGAGCAGUACGCGGCGCAGAGCUGGGCGGAGAGCGUCAAGUACCUGGAGCUCAGCCUGCGGCUCCACCGGCUGCUGCGGGACAGCGAGGCGUUCUGCGGACGCAACUGCAGCUCCGUGAGCCGGGAGAGCGGCUCGGCGCUCCCCGACGGCAGCCUCCGCGUCGUGCGCCACGUCCUGCUGAGGGCUGCCUGCCUGAAAAAGUGCAAAGCAGAGUUCCCCGUUUUUAAGUUGUCCUACCCGCGGAGGGAUUUACUGGAGACGUUUGAGAAAAGGAUACCGUAUCGGUACAUUCAGUAUGCUCAUUAUCAGCUCAACAACUUGGAGAAGGCUGUGUCUGCAGCUCAUACCUUCCUGAAGAAAAACCCAGAUGAACCCUAUUUGACCAAAAACAUGAACUACUACAAGACCCUGUUAGACGUGGAGGAAUAUCUCAUCGACCACGAGGAGCAGCCGUAUGAAAGCGUUUUCCUCAAGAGCGUGAUGCUCUACAACAGUGGAGACUUCAGCAGCAGCGCCAGAACCAUGGAGCAGGCCAUCACGCAGUACUUUGAAGUGUAUAGCCUCUGCUCAGCCGGCUGCGAAGGCUCCUAUGAAAUCUUGGAGGUCAAAGACUUCUACCCGACUCUGGCAGAUCUCUUCCUUGACGUGCUGAAAUGUCAAGUUAAAUGCGAGGAGCAGCUGACACCCAACGUUGGGGGGUUCUUCGUGGAGAAGUUUGUCGCUACCAUGUAUCACUACCUCCAGUUUUCAUAUUAUAAAUUGAACGACGUCAAGAACGCCGCUCCCUGCGCAGCCAGUUACAUGCUGUUCGACCCCAGCGACCAGGUGAUGCUGCAGAACGUGGCCUAUUAUCGCUUCUACCGGGAGCAAUGGGGGCUCAAGGAGGAGGACUUCCAGCCUCGGCCGGAGGCCCUGAGGUAUUAUACCAGACAAUCAACAGAAAGAAAUUGCUUGAGUUUUGCACUCAACUACCUACGAGACUGUGAGAGAUAGCUUGUGAGCCCAGAAGAAGUGGCCACUUCUCACUCUGAACAACCGGACGCUGAAUUUGAAGGAAUUGGCGACUACGAGGAGUCCUUCCUGGCUGAAUGGUGGCAGGAACCCAAAUCUAAGUGGGACACCGGCGAGGUUGCCGACUGACAUUGGCCGUCUCCCCCUUACAGAGGGGCUAACUCCUCCAACUCUAGCCCACCUCCCAUCGCUACAUACCAAAGACCUUUGAACUGACGGACAUCUACAAUCUCAACAGCGUCAAAAAGAAAACGCAGAACUGAUCCAUUCCUUGCGUUUUCCAUCCAGUCGGUUGCUGAAUUCUGCCUUAUUUAAACGGAUGUUUUACUAUCAGUCAUCGACCUGUGCGCUGCUCGUUGUUCAUGUCUUUCCUGCAGUUUCUCUUCUUGUUUUUUUUUUUUUAAUUUAAAGAAACCUGAACGUCUCUGUGCUGUUUGAUAAAGUAAUGUGACACGUAACAUUUCUUGCGCUGAAUCAUUUGUUAACUACCAACCGUUUGGUAUUAAUGAAAUGUUGCUUUUAAUUAAAGUAUUAUUUUAAUACGU